AUGGUGCAUCUGACUGCUGGUGAGAAGUCUCUUGUCGCUUCCACUUGGAGCAAGGUGAAUGUUGAUGCAGUUGGUGGUGAGGUACUGGGCAGGCUUCUUGUAGUCUACCCAUGGACCCAGAGGUUCUUUGACUCCUUUGGGGACCUGUCCUCUGCUUCUGCUAUCAUGGGCAAUGCUAAGGUGCAGGCUCAUGGCAAGAAAGUGCUGAAAUCCUUUGCUGAGGGCCUCAACCACCUGGACGACCUCAAGGGUGCCUUUGCCCAGCUGAGUGAGCUGCACUGUGAUAAGCUGCAUGUGGAUCCUGAGAACUUCAGGCUCCUGGGCAAUGUGCUGAUGUGUGUGAUGGCUCGUCAUCUUGGUGCAGAUUUUACCCCAGAGGCUCAGGCUGUCUGUCAGAAGGUGGUGGCUGGUGUGGCUACUGCCCUGGCUCACAAGUACCACUGA